GCUGCGGCAGCGCUGAGGGAAGACCAGGGAGGGGCUGAAAGCGGCUGUGGAAAAGCCCGCCAUGAGCGACGGGUCUGGGGAGCCUGCUGCCGAGGCCCCGCCCGCGACCGAAGGGGGCGUCCGAAUCGUGGUGGAAUACUGCAAACCAUGUGGCUUUGAAUCUGCCUAUCUAGAGCUGGCAAACGCAGUCAAAGAAGAAUAUCCUGAUGUGGAGAUUGAAUCCCGCCUUGGAGGGACAGGUGCAUUUGAAAUAGAAAUCAAUGGACAGCUGGUCUUUUCCAAACUUGAGAAUGGAGGAUUCCCUUAUGAGAAAGAUCUCAUCGAAGCUAUCCGCAAGGCUAUUAAUGGGGAGCCACUUGAGAAGAUCACCAAGAGCCGACCUCCGUGUGUCAUCCUUUAGUUUCUUUCUCCACAUCUUUCAGUCCUCUACAUACCCGACACCUAUAAUCCUGGCCAUUCUUGCCUCUACCUCUUGACUGCAGAUCCAUAUGCCUUGUUACGUUUGGUAAAGGGGGCAGGAAGCUUGCUGAAGUGAAAUCAACAUGAUUUGGAGUUGCCUGAACAUAAAGCCUUAUAACAAGAACCUGAGCCACUUUCUGGGGAAGAGGAACAUGGAGGUUAGAGUCCUUGUUAAACAAGUUGGCUCAAUCAGCCUUUCUUCAAAAGGAAAAUAGUUUCAAAACAUGCCUCUUCUCACUUGUAAAGUCCAGAAGGGGUUUUGUUUUGAUUACUGUUUUUGCUUGUAUCUGUAUACACAAGUGUGAAGUAGCCCCACCAAUCCAGUCAGAAUUAGAUCCUCUCUAUUUCUUCUGACUUCUGUGAUUCAUUCAGAGAUCAGCUGUUUCCUCCCUCGUGUUUCACAUUCCUUUAACUAGGAGCCAGUAUAAGCUAGUGUCUCAUCUUGCCCUCACUAUAAAACUGAAAGUGCUUGUGCAGAGCUUGCUAAGAAGUCUAUAUGGACUGAUGCCAUGGAAGAAGCCCCCAGCUUAGUUAUGAUCACCAGUGUCCUUUCAGUUAGCGCUCCCACUCUUGCUCUUCACGUGGGUUGAGAUAGAGUUUUACACAGCUCUGCUGCAGCUAUAUAUUUCUAUCCAUGUCCCACACCAUUGCCCACUUUUGGCUUUAAAAUAGAGAUUAGUAGCUCAGCUGAAAGGUUUAUCACUUUUAAUUUUGAAGUCCUUCCCAGGUAGCCAGUGCCAUCUAUUUUCUACAUUAAGUCCUGUUCCCUUCUUGUCCACUUUCUUGUCAGGACUUUCUGUAGACAUUCCAAUGUAGAUCUCUCCAACUAGACCACCUUUUUGAAGAAAGGAGAGGAAGAGCCUGAAUGCAAACCAAUGCAGUGGCCUCACUGUACUGUUAUGUUUCCUGACCAAUGAAUUUGGCAACUAAUGACACAGAGUUGGAUGGGGAAGCAGCAAAUACAAUAGCUCCAUGUCCCCUAUUUCAUUUUGUGUGUGAGACAGCUAUGCAUACACAUCAUCUGCUGAAUAUGUCUAAAUCCUCUUCUGUGCCUACUCCCUGUUUCAAUACUUUGGGGUCUUAUCAUGUAAUUUUCUUUUCUGUUUAUCCCUUUGAAACCUUGGCACAUCUCCCACAGUUGUAAGAAAUAUUGCUGCUAAAACAUUCUGAAGACGCUUGCCCCUUGUUGAGAGCAGAGGGUGAAAAAAUAGCCAAUACCGUUCCUUCUAAGUGUCUUAAUUUAUGUGUUGAGAAUGUUGUAUAAUCCAAUUUAUAUAAAGAGACAAGAAGUUAAA